CCCUGUUGGUGAAUCAAAGUCCAUAGAUGUGUGAUCAAACUUGUAAGCAUUAUAACCGGUCUUUUGACCAACUCCUCAAUGAAACAACCUCAUAUGGAAAUACAUAGUCAUGAAGUUAGAUAUGAUUCAUUCACUUUUCACAUAUCAAUAUUCCAAAAUUCUCUUGCGCUCCAUAUCGUGGACAAAUCAUUAUCUAUUGUAAUCUCAGCAAGUAUUGGAAAAAAUUCGGCAGACCAAAAGAUGCGGUAGGCUAAAAUGUUUGUUUUAGUUGCAACAAUGAAAAGAUUACAAUGACACUUUGUAUGAUCGAGAUUACACUUUUGAUAAUGAGUGAUAAUUGUGUAGGAUCGAAAUCACAAAGUUUAUUACUACUAUUAUUUUGUUGAUGCUGUCUAUGUUUAUGUUAUGUAAUUAUAAUUUAAACAAUUUAUCAUAUGCUAUAUAAAAAAAAAAAAACACAAUAUCGGGCAAGAAAAGGUGAUGAAGCAUGUUGAUCGUACCAAGGAUCGUGCUUCGUCUUCAACGGAAAAAAUGGAGGUCCCUCAGUUAUCACCACCACCACAGCCAUGAACAUGAUAACCACAUUCACCAACCACUUCCACUCCCUCCAACAUUCUACCUCUCCCGUAUCUGCAGAAACCUCGACACCGUCAAGAAGCUCCACGCUUCCCUCCUUAUCCACGGCCUUCCCCUCGACACCAACCUAAUCUCUCUCUACGCCUCCUUCUCCUCCCUCCCCCAUGCCCGAACACUCUUCCACCGUUUACCCUCUCCAGACCUCCACUCCUUCAAACUCAUAAUCCGUUGGCAUUUUCUCAACGACGACCACUCCCAUGUCGUUUCAUUCUACCACCUCGCUAGACUCACUCUCGGCUUCUUCAACGACCUCGUCGUUUUUUCCAUUCUCCUCAAAACUUGUUCUCAGUUACGCGACCUCGUUCUCACCACACGGCUUCACUGUCACAUUCUCAAAGCGAAACCUCCUGAUAGCUUUGUACUCACUAGUCUGGUCGAUGCUUAUUCUAAAUGUGGAAAGCUUCAUUAUGCGCGUAAGGUGUUUGAUGAAAUACCUGACCGAAAUGUUGUGUCGUGGACUUCGAUGAUUGUCGCUUAUGUACAAAAUGACUGCGCUGAAGAAGGUUUGAUGUUGUUUAAUAGAAUGAGGGAAGGGUUUGUUGAUGGGAAUGUGUUUACUGUUGGAAGUUUGGUUACUGCUUGCACUAAAUUGGGGUGUUUGCAUCAGGGGAAAUGGGUUCAUGGAUAUGCUAUUAAGAAUGGGAUUGAGAUUAAUUCUUUUUUGGCAACUUCUCUUUUGAAUAUGUAUGUUAAAUGUGGUGACAUUGGAGAUGCUCGUUCCGUGUUUGAUGAGUUUUCAGUUUCAAAUUUUAGUAGGGAUGAUCUUGUUUUCUGGACUGCUAUGAUUGUUGGGUAUACUCAGAGAGGUUAUCCUCAAGCCGCGUUGGAAUUGUUUACUGAUGAAAAAUGGUAUGGGAUUUUGCCUAAUUCUGUUACCCUUGCGAGUUUGCUCUCUGCUUGUGCUCAACUGGAAAAUAUUGUUUUGGGAAAGUUAUUUCAUGUUCUGGUAGUUAAGUAUGGAUUGGAUGAUACUUCAGUGAGAAAUGCUCUUGUUGAUAUGUAUGCAAAGUGUGGACACAUUUUUGAUGCGCGUUAUGUGUUUGAAACUUCGGUUGAUAAGGACGUUGUCUCUUGGAACUCGGUUAUUUCUGGUUAUGCACAGAGUGGUUCUGCAUAUGAAGCUCUUGAUCUCUUCAACAGGAUGAGAUUGGAGGUGUUUUCGCCGGAUGCGGUUACGGUUGUCGGUGUUCUCUCGGCUUGUGCUUCCGUUGGUGGUCAUCAAGUUGGUUCAUCCCUUCAUGCUUUUUCCUUCAAGUAUGGUUUGAUAUCCUCUAGCAUCUACGUUGGCACUGCAUUACUCAACUUUUAUGCAAAAUGUGGGGAUGCAAAGUCAGCUCGCAUGGUGUUUGAUUUGAUGGGAGAGAAGAAUGCUGUGACCUGGGGUGCAAUGAUUGGUGGGUGUGGCAUGCAAGGUGAUGGAGUUGGUUCUCUUGCUCUCUUUAAGGAUAUGUUGAAAGAGGAACUUGUGCCUAAUGAAGUGGUUUUCACAACUUUAUUAGCAGCUUGCAGCCAUUCAGGGAUGGUUGGAGAAGGAUUGAGGUUAUUUGAUUUUAUGUGCAGGGAGUUAAACUUUGUUCCUUCCAUGAAGCACUAUGCAUGUACGGUUGAUCUGUUGGCACGUGCUGGCAACCUCCAAGAGGCAUUGGAUUUUAUUGCUAAGAUGCCUGUUCAACCCAGUGUUGGUGUGUUUGGAGCUUUUCUUCAUGGUUGUGGACUUCAUUCCAAUUUUGAAUUAGGAGAAGUGGCAAUUAGGAGAAUGUUGGAGUUGCAUCCUGAUCAAGCUUGUUAUUACGUGCUCAUCUCAAACUUGUAUGCUUUAGAUGGAAGAUGGGGCAUGGUCAAGCAGGUGAGAAAGAUGAUAAAGCAAAGAGGAUUGAACAAGGACCCUGGUGUUAGUUUAGUGGAGAUGGAUGUCAACAACAGUACAUAUGCAAAUGUCGCGGUUUAAUCUUAUUGCCUUUGUGAUCAAUCUUAUUGCCUUUGUGAUCGUAAAGUAAAACUACAUGCUUAACAACUGGCUGGAUUAGUUCCAUGAUCACCCUGCCAGAGAUGGGAAAGUUCUGAAACUGAGUCUUGUAAGACUCAAGGCCACCGCUUGAACAUAAGACUCAUGGUGCUUGGCAGAAGCUGAUGGGUUUGAGGAGAUCAAGUGAUCAAAAGGUCAGCAUGAAGUUAGUAAAUGGCCUUUCUGUAGAAGCAAGGUUGUCUAGCUCGAAAGUCUAGGUAAUCUCAUGGAGCAUUGUAGGCUCGACUCUAGGACAUGACUGUACGAGUUUACUAGAUGCAAAGCCAAAAGUCGAUUAGAUGCAAAGCCAAAAGUCGAUUGAUAUGGUCAUGCUCAACAAAUACUGGUUUGUCCAAUAAUAGUGGAUUUUCAUAAUUUUUAAAAACCUAGUUCAAGUGAGUUCUUUUUGCAGAAAACACGGCAAAUCGUAGGUAGAUAUAGGCCUUAGAACAAAAUAAUUAAAGUUGUUUGAAACAAAUACUUUUGAGUGUGAU